AUGAGUGGAGGCGUACCAGCGGAUACGCCUCCUAAGUGGUUGCAUAAGCCCAGUGUUCAAGCAGUGUCUGUUGUCUUACUCAGCAUAACUAUGCUGAGAUUUUACUUGGUGCAACCUUGUUUUGGUGCGAGGCCGAGUAAUGAACAGCGUCCUUCAAUUCUGAAGAAUCAGGUGACUAGUUUCACUUUUCUCUCAUGGUUUGUCGGUAAACAGAUGUUUUCAAGGUGA